AUGGAUAGUGCUAUAUGUUACAUCGAACUGGGUACCUCCAUAUUAGAACCUGGAUGUGAUUUUGCUUACGCCGUUUAUGUUGGAUGGGAAGCUAUCGCUUUUGCUUUCAUGUGGGUAUCGGUCUUUGUUACAUAUCCCGCUUCAGCUGCCGUACAAGCGUUGACAUUUGGACAAUAUAUUGUUAACGGUAUAUCCCCGGCAUUGGCGAUUCCGUCGCCAUGGAAUGAAAUUACGGAGCGUAUUUUGGGUUAUUCUAUUGUCGUUGUUUUGACAUUCCUGAAUUUUUACGCCAUCGAUCGAUUUGCUGGAAGAUUUCAAGUCGUUGUCACGACGGCAAAAAUGCUUGCCAUGGGUAUUAUCAUUGCUACGGGAUUUUACUACCUCAUCUUUAAAGGUUGGACGCAAAAUCUAGAAAAUAUGAUGGAAGGUAGCGUAUAUGCGCCGGGUAAACUAACAUUAGCCUUCUAUGGAGGUCUUUGGAGCUACGCUGGAUGGGAUAUACUCAACUAUGGUACGCCUGAGAUUGAAAAGCCAAGGAGGUAGGC